GUUUUUGCAUUUCCCACCGCUUUCGACAGACCUGACGGUUACAUUUCACACCCGGUUGAUACAGCAUAGAACGGCAAGUACCUAGACAAAUACACCAGACACAGCAGACACAGCAGACACCAAUACAGCCACAUACAACCACAGCCACCAGAAAAAACAGCCCUCACCAUGUCUGAGCAAAUGUCCGCCCCCCGCAUCACCGCCUCCUACCUCGACAGCUUCGUCGGCCGCGUCGUUACAAUCGUCGGAAAGGUCACGCAGCUGCGAGGCGACCAGGCCACAAUCGACGCCGACGGAGUCGUCACCAUCCUCUUGAACCGCGAUGCCCAUCUGGCCAAUGGAAACGCCGCCCAGGUCAUUGGCAAAGUCAACCCGGAUCUGUCCAUCAAGGCCCUGAGCACCCGUGAUGUCGGUGCUGGAGUUGACAUGACGCUCUGCGCGGCCGUCGCAGAACUCACCCACAGGCACAAGGAAAUCUUCAUCUCCGAAAACUGACGGGUUCAGCCAGGCCAUGGCGUCUCGCUGCUCCGCAACUAUGAGCCUCAGCACCAACCGCGCAUCGCCAUGGUCUGGCCCCAAAACCAAAUCCCCAUGAAUGAAGCAAACGUAACCUCGCACUCGUCUUUGUCUUUGUCUUCGUCUUCGUCUUCGUCUUCAUUUUCAUCUUUGCUUGAGCUGCAUCCUCGUUUGUCCAUUGAUCGUCUUCAUCGCAUUGCAUCUCCUCCUCCUCUUCGCUCCUCUUCCAGCAGUCCCGCCAGCCAACAGGACUGGCAGCACCAGCGCCAGCAGCAACUGUCUCUAGACCUCGUCCCCUACGAUCCUCUAACACAGCAUGUCUCCGGC